AUGGCAACGGAAUCAUUUUCUCUAGCUGGCAAGGGCCUCAAACUCGACACGAAAGAAGAUCUGGACAAACACAUUCAACCCCUCCACGAGUCUUCAGGCCUCACCCAUAUCGAUCUUUCAGGAAACACUCUCGGUGUUUCAGCUUGCGCAGCACUCGCAUCUAUCCUUUCGUCAAAGUCGACUCUUCAAAGCGCAGACCUCCAUGACAUUUUCACCUCUAGACUACUCGAAGAAAUCCCCCCCGCUCUGUCCUCCCUCUUGACUGCUCUCCUAGAAUGUCCCAACCUUCACACCAUAGAUCUCAGCGACAAUGCGUUCGGUCUCAAUACCAAAGGCCCCCUUGUCGACUUCCUCUCCCGGCAUGUACCCCUCAAACAUCUCAUCCUAAAUAAUAAUGGCAUGGGCCCUAUCGCUGGAACUUCAAUUGCCGAGGCUCUAACCACUCUCGCCGAGCGAAAAGCGGCCGCCAGAAAGGAAGGAAAAGACGUACCGGACCUCGAAAGUAUAGUCUGCGGGAGGAAUCGGUUAGAGAAUGGCAGCAUGGCGGCCUGGGCAAAGGCAUUUGAGGCCCACAGGUCAGGAAUGAAAAGCGUGAAGAUGACACAGAAUGGUAUUCGCCCUGAAGGAAUUUGGCAUCUCAUCUCCUCCGGAUUGUCAACUUGCAGCAAUCUAGAAGUGUUGGACAUGCAAGACAACACUUUCACUCUCAAGGGUGCUCGGGCGCUGGCCAGUGCACUCAAAGGAUGGUCGGGUCUGAAAGAGCUGGGUGUCGGAGAUGACUUGCUGGGAGGAAGAGGCGCGAUCAAGGUUUUUGAGGCAUUGGCGUCAGGUAGCAACGAUAAGAUUGAAAUUCUGAGGCUGCAGUAUAACGACAUCCACCCAGCUGGAGUCAAAGCCCUUCUCCAAGCUGCUAAAAACGGCCUCCCCGAGCUGCGGCGGAUUGAACUGAAUGGCAACAAAUUCGAAGAAGAUGAUCCGUCAGUGGAGGCCUUGGCGGAAUUAUUGAGAGAGCGGAGAGAUGAGAAGGGCAAAGAUGAAGACCUUGACGACCAUUGGGGCCUUGACGAACUUGACGAGUUGGAAGGAGAAGAUAGUGAAGAGGAAGAAGGAGGUGAAGAGGCAGAAGAAGAGGAAGAGGAAGAGGCUCGCGAAAAGCUCCUCAAAGAAGCAGAUGAGGCUGAGAAUGAGAACGUAACACUGAAGAAAGAUGCGGAAGUGGAUGAGUUGGCAAAGGCCUUUGAAAAGACUCUUUGA